UUAAACAGGAGCAAUGAAAAAAAUAUCAUAUACAUGUUUUUAUUUCAGUAAGACUGCAAAAAUAAUAUUACCAAAGUAAAAUGAGUUCUAAACUAUUAGUAGUAACUAUUCAGUUUAUUGUCGUUUUGUUGAUAUUUGUGGCAGUCAAUGGUGUAACAACAAACUAUACAGGAGCAUUUUGUAAAGUAGCCUUUGAAGACGAGAAAGAUGGUCAAAGUAGAGUCAAUACAUCUGCGAAACUUUUACAUAUUACACUGGACUUUAAAAACACGACGACCAUGUUAGUUCUACAAGAUACCAUUACUCUAUAUAAUCCACACGAAUGGAUUAUAACAUCGGGGACAUAUGGAAGUGGAUUGUUACAAUUAAGAUCUAUCUAUGAAAUCCUUUCAUUAAAAUCAUUAAGUGUGCACACAAGAAGAAACAACAUUAAAUUAAAACAAUUUCCCCAUGACUGCUUGCAAGGAAUGAACGCAUCAGAAUUCGAAUUAAUUAUACGGAUGUUCUUGCUUCAACAUAUUGGUACAAAUGAAGAGGUCUGCAAUAUCCAUAUCCUGGACGACUCCGGAUUUGCGGAAUUCGAUCAUGAAUGCUGUUCUUUAGGUGCGGACACGGUUGAGUGCUAUGUCGUUAGGAAGAAUUUACCGAUGCGAAUGAUUGACAUUUGCUCUUAUAUAGUUGUCGUUCUCGUUAUCCUGUACUGUCCCCUUCUGAUACCGUCUUCUUUAUACAAAAGAAAGCUAGAGUUCAUCCAUCGUCUAGCUGAACCAUUGAGAAUUAGAUGUAAAAAGACGGGAACUGACCUUACGUGGAGACAGAAUGGUUUAAGAAGUCUUGUGUAUCUGGCAAGAUUUGUUAAAAAUAAACCAGAGGAAGACGAAGAUAAGAUUGUCUCAGAAUAUACAUUCGGGAAAUAUUUUCAAAGUACUUUGGAGAAAAUGUCUCGUAAUGGGUUUUACGAAAUUGUCAUAAGUCAAUUGCAUUUCAAGGUAAAACACAGAGAGAUAAUUUCCGAAAGUAAAAUUGAAACUGGAUUAUUACACAUUUGUUAUAAUUUAUUCAUCAAAUGUGGACGAAGAAAGAAAUAUGAUAGAAAUAUUUGGAUUAAGAAAAAUCCAUAUAACUGUUGCUAUCGAAAUGUACUCGGUUGUUUUAGGCCGUUCGGAAAGGAAUACCCUUGGUACAAAUGCUUACGCGUCUUUAUGCAUAUCGUUCUCGCGGCAGUUGUCUGCUCCCCAUGGGUGUUCCGAAUAUGUGUCUAUUACCUCUACGAAUAUUCACUAAGAAAUGAACGUCUUAAAGCGGCAGAAAAGAGGAAUUUGAAGUUAAGACUACACGAAAAUUUGAUGUUCUAUCUUACACCUAUUCACGUACUAUUUAUAGCUUGCUAUGUCAUACUGGCGUUAGAAUGGAUUUCCUUCAGAUUUAUGAGUAAAAAUGUCAAAUAUUUGACAAAGGAGAUGUUGCAAAUAUGCUUUCAUGGAAUGAAUGACUCAGCAAAAAUGAAAAAGGUUUUCUUUUGGGCAAUCAAUACGCUGAGUAUCCCAAUUAAAAGCUGUGGUAUUUUCGGAUUUUUUCUAGGCGUGAUAUUUUGGCCAAUCACAUUGCCAUACGUUGUAAUUGUCGUCUGCUAUCACAUAUUCCCCACAAUCAGACUAUGUGUUUCGUUGUUUUGGAUAAUCGUAUUCGAUACCAUUCCGGAUUUUCGAUCUUGCAGCGUCAGCAUAAAACAACACCGGUUCCCACUGUUAACAUUCUUUACAGAUCCGAUUCAGAACACAUUUGAUAUAGGAUAUAUUGAAUAUCGUAAAAGUCGAGGGAAAAUCAUAAGAUUCGUACAAAUACUGUUCUCCAUUUUAGCAGUUUGCUCUAUUGGUUUAAUAACGAUAGAGUGCGUAGUUUUCCUAAUCGAUGUUGCGGUGUAUACAAUGAUUGGCCUUAUUUUAAACUCAUCCCAUGCGAUGCAAUUAGUUUCUGCCUUUUCUAUCGCCUGGUUUUACUUCCAAAAAUGCUUUGAAGGGAAUAGUGGUAUAUAUUUGAAAUAUACGAAGGUGAUUUUGCGCAUAUUACAAAACGAAAACAAAGACGAGUUACAACUGGUGGCUGAUCUUGAUUCUACCCACCAGACUAAUACAGCAUUCCUGGUCAAACAUGCUAAAUGCAAUGCGGAAUUUUUCGUCAAUAAUAAUAGAAAGCCCAUGUUGACAACGAAAGGCGUAGUAUUACUUCUGGAUAAGUAUGACAACCUAUAUAUAGAACGAGCAUUUUUCCGGAAGGCUUGUCAGAUUGAUCACCCAUCCUGUCCGGGUCCGGUGCAUGAACAGAUUAUGAAAUCAUUCCGACGUUUUAUGUCCAUAGUUAUGUUCCUGAUCUUUGUGACGCUUAUAGUGCUGGCAUUUGGUGAAACAUACAGCAUUUCUAUUUCAAACCAGCUCCUAGCCACCAUUGCUGGUGGCUUCGUGCCAUGGGUCCUAAUGAAAUCUGACAUUUUGUUUAAAAAUCCAGUUGAACCUGAUUUUGAUCAGUUAUCCGAAAACAUUUGUUUUCAAUCAAGACUUAAAGAAAAGAUAAACAACGACGAGGAAACAUGGCGGAUUUCCGAUAUGGAAGUAGAAAGUAUAAGAGAAAUACAAGCCACUGACAAAAUCGACUUAAUCGUUAAAAUACCACAGUCUGGUAUGCGAACUGCGCUUUAGCAAAUUGUUAACUCUUUCGCUACUUAAAUUUAGCUAUUUAUAAUUUAACAUUAUCCAUAGGUUUUGAUGAUUCAGACAUGACUUGCAGACAAGCUUUUUCUUGAUGUUUGUUCUUAAAGAUAAAAAAAAGAUGGUCCAAUUUCCCUUACAAAUUUUUUUCUCAACAACUAAGUAUAAACUUCUCAAUCACAUUUUGAAAGCGUAUGGUGUUAAAGAGGAUACUACCAGCUGAAAACUUUUAGUAUUUUUGAUU